AGGUCCACACCACUGUGCUGUGCUCUUCACGUGACCUCCCUCACCCCCUUCUUCCUCCUUUCAACUGUUUUCCCUCCACGAAAAAGUUUCCAGCUGUUUUACAAUAAACUAUGAAGUUGCUGCAUUCGUAGAGAGAGGGGAAUACAACUCAUUCAGGACAGGACAGGGCUGGAUAGAAGAUAUUUAGGAUCUUGUCGUGACAGCAUUUUGUUGCAAUUGAAGAAUUGGUCUUUGGUUUCACUGGCAUUGUUUGCUGAGGGAGGGAUCUAGGGUUUCCAUUGCCUACGAUCUAAUUCUAGUCAUUUCCUUUCUCCUCUCUCAAUAAUGGUAUUUCCUUUCUCGACAAUAUUGUUAAUUAUUUCUUCUUGCUUAAUGCUGAAUUAUUGAAGGGAAUUUGUAAAGGUUUUAGAAAUAUCUGUUGCUUUUUAUAGAUAAUUAAAAGUACUCAGUUUAGUUUUUUAUUGUAUAAAGUGUUGUGCAAUGUCUAGAGAGUAGAUAAUGUGAGUGGAGUGUUAUUCUAACCGUAAUCCUGCCCAGAGAGGCCAACCAAACACUUUGGACAUUGUUAGAAACUCAUGAAACUGACAAUCAAAUCAACAUUCUGACUUACCGAAAGUAAUUUUUGGAACUUAUGAAUUGGAACAUGUGGUAAGUAAUCUUUGAACUCGUGAUUUGGAACAUGUGGUAAGAUAUGUCAAGGGCUGUAGCCAGAAUUCGUAACUGAUUUAAAUGUAUGGAGUGUGUAGCUUGAUGAUGGUCAGUUGAGCUGAAUAAUAUUUUUUUUAUGAGAUUCUGUUCGUAGUAGCAGUUAUACUUGCUCCAGCCGCUUCCGUGUUUGGGUGGAUGCUAUUUUUUUUUUUUUUAAAUGCUGCUUCAUGCUCAUAAAUGAGACUUUCGUGCUUUACUCACUCGGGUUGAUGUUCCGAUGAACUGGCAGGCCACACAGGCUGCUCAAGGCAGUUCAAUAGUUGGAUCUUUUGUUUGGGUGGAGGAUCCUGAGGAAGCAUGGAUGGAUGGGGAAGUUGUGGAAGUUAAUGGUGAAGAUAUUACAGUAAACUGUGCAUCAGGGAAGAUGAAACCUGGCGGCAUCAUUGCUCUUCUUGACGAAGCUUGUAUGUUUCCUAGAUCAACACAUGAAACAUUUGCAGAAAAGCUUUAUCAGACUUUCAAAGACCACAAACAUUUUAGCAAGCCUAAGUCACGCAGUGACUUCACCAUUUGUCAUUAUGCUGGUGAUGUGACAUACCAAACUGAACCUUUUCUGGAUAAGAACAAAGAUUAUGUUGUUGCGGAGCAUCAAGCUCUCCUGAGCGAGUCCAAGUGCUCCUUUGUUUCAGGCCUGUUUCCGCCAUUGCCUGAGGAAUCUGCCAAAGCAUCAAAAUUCUCAUCAAUAGGUUCUAGGUAUAAGCAACAACUACAAGCAUUGCUUGAAACACUGAGAGCCACAGAGCCACACUGCAUGCAUUUUGUAAAGCCAAAUAAUGUUCUAAAGCCUGCCAUCUUUGAGAAUAAUAAUGUUUUACAGCAACUACGUUGGAGUGAUGGAGGCAAUUAGGAUUAGCUGUGCUGGAUAUCCCACAAGAAAGACAUUUGGAUGAAUUCGCCUGUUGUUUUGCCAUUCUGGCACCAGAUGUGCUGCAUGGCAGCUGUGAUGAGGUUAGUGCUUGCAAGAGGGAAGGCGAACCUUGAAGGUUAUCAGAUCUUGAAUUAUAUGGUGUUUUGAUUGACACCCCUUCUGUUAUGUUCUGCCCAAUUAGUCAUUAAAUAUCACAUACAAGGUACAUAUGUUUUCCUUAAAAACUACAAAAAAGUCAAAAAACUGCCAAGAGUUUUUAAUAUUGGUGAGGAUCGAUUUUUCUAAUUUUUUUGACCAAUUUUUUUAUAUGAUAUUUUGAUAUUUUAUAAGAAUACAUGUGCAGCUAGCAUGUUAUUUAACAAAAAAAUGGAUGGACUGUAAUGGAAGGGUUGUCAAUCAAAAUGACCUAGGAUGCAGUUUUGAUAGUUCAAGGGGUGUUUGUACGGAUUAUCCCAAACUGUUGUUAUUGCAUAUUUUCUACGUAUGGAAUAAACUAGGAUGCAGUUUUUUUUCUCCCUAUCAGUAGAUGGGCGAGCCCAUUGCAUUUUUUCAAUGAUUUAAAAUCUUCCAUAAUGUAUGCUGUAAUGUUUUGUUAAAAACUAACAAGAAUGAAAUGAUUCAUUGCAUGGACCAUUGAAAUCCAUUUUUAUGUUAACCAUAGAUUUUGAUUAAGUGUCAUCCUCUAUUGAGAUUUUACUUUUGUUGCUUAUCUUGCCAUUCCUUUUUCCCUUUGGUUUUCUUUUGUAAUUAGAUUUGUAGACUUUUCAUGUUGUUGCAUUGAUGUAUUCUUAUGCAAAUGUUUGAAGAAAUCUGCUAUAGCAUUCGGAUGUUGGAAUACAGAUUUGGAAACCAGUUUUUUCCUUGGCUUGAAUGCAUGUUCUUUUUAAUUUUUACUACCAAGAAAAAUGACAAUGGUAACUGCGAACCUUGGUCAAAAAUAUCAACUAAGCCUACCCUCCUGCUAUUCAGAAUUCAUCUAACUGCGAACCUUGAUCCUAAUUUCGUCCCAGACGUUCUAGGUUUAUGGUAACUGGUCUAUACGUUUGGAGUUUGAUAUUCUGUAAUUUGCUAAAAAAUCAUUAGUUUUGAGAAUGCUAACUUGUUCUUUUGCCUCAGCAUUCUUGUCACCUGACACUAUAAUUUAUUACUUUUUCCAGUCCUUUUCCCCAUAUUUAAGUUGAAUUGUACUUUAGUAUUUUUAUAAACCAUCAUCCCCUUUGUAAAGUUUAGUUGGGCAUAUGAAAUUCUGCAUUAGCUGCUUUUCUGCUAUGGUAAAAUAGAAAUGAUUCUUACAAUUGUAUUUUUUUCUAUCCUAGUUCAGCAUACCGUUUCCUUCCAGGUUAUACACUAGAAAUCAAGAAUUUCAUAUGAUGAAAUUACAAAUGACCUUUGCCGGUAUGCCUCCCCCUCCCUCCUGUCUCUCACAGAGAGCGCGCGUGCACAGACGCAUCUUGAAUUGACAAAACAUCAUAGCUAUUGGAGAGCUAGUUAUGACAGCAAAAUUCAAUUAAAAGAACUUGGUGGAAGCAGGCGCAUUGUUUGGCAAUUUGUCAUUAAUGAAUCAAAGGAUAAUGAUAGCAAUACUACACUCUUACUAACUGCUGUGGCGGUGGCAGCCAGUGACAGGUGUUGUGUGGUUCAUGAUAAAAUGUGAUAGGUCAAUUUAGGGAUCACUAUGUGUGAUUUUAGUGAAUGUUGGUAAAAUUGUCUUUACAUCUUGCAUACUAUGUGAGCAAUUGCCAAGUUAUAGUUUUUCUGGUUAAUAUAUCAAGAUUGCCAUGCUCUGCAUCAUUCAAACUCUCUCUCUCACAUCAUUUCUUCCUGGUUUCAGGUCCUGAGUGUCCAACAGUUACACAGAGUAUGUACUUUAUACUGUGAUGACAACUACAGUACUCUUAAGUGUAUCUCCCGAUGUGAUUUCCAGCAUGAAAAUACUAACAAAUGAUUUGAAUGAUCAUUACUCAUUCAAAAAUUUCUUCACUAGAACAACAUUAAACAAGAUAAAAUUGAUUUUUAUACUGAUUAAAGAUGCACCAAACAACUUCACAAAAAAAUUAUCAUGUUCCGUCCAUGACAUACCAAUCAUUACCUUCUUCUUACUGAAUGAGCAGCGGUUGUUGCCGAAGGACAAUGCCCUCGGUCUUCAGUACUUGCACGAGGUGAUGAUGGCAGAAUCUUGUUAAAUUCAGAGUCAGAUGUUAUAGAACUAGGCUGUAAUUGUACUCAACAGAGACAAGUUGAAGUGUUUUGGUUCGGAAAACAUUUUCCACCUCUACAUUACAUAUCUCUGGGAAAAGGAAGGAAAAGAAAAGAAGAAGCAAAGAGUUCUGUUAUCUGCCAUUGCCGAGUCGUUUCUCUGGUUUAACUUCGAUGCAUGUCCUCAGCUCUCGUCUCAGUCGAAUGUCAUGG